UGCGCCACUCACUCCCCCGUUGCUCUGCCCUAUAUCUAUUCGACAUUGAGAGUUGGCUCGCGUUGCCCGAAGACGUCCUCACUAGAUCUCUCUGUUUACACACUCUAGAUCUCUCUGUUCACUCAGUCUAGAUCUCUUGUCUCUCUGGAUCUGUGAGUUGAGUUGAGUUGAGUUUGAGUUGGUUUGGAAAUGGCGGAUUGGGGACCAGUACUGAUAGGGGUGGUGCUGUUCGUGCUGUUGACGCCGGGACUGCUGUUCCAGAUACCUGGAAACAACAGACAUGUGGAGUUUGGGAGCAUGAAGACUAACGGUAAGGCCAUAGCCCUUCACACUCUUCUCUUCUUCGCCCUCUACUCCAUCAUUAUCCUCGCCCUCCAUCUCCAUAUCUACACCGGCUGACAUCCUUCAUGUUCUGAUGAUCAUAUCCUCAGAUCUCUGUGUUUUUUGGAUGGAUAUAUCUAGAUUUGUAAUGUUUAAUCAUCUCUCUACUGUUUUUUUUUUUUUUUUUUUUAAUCUUCUUCUGCUGCUGCUGCUGCUUGUAUAAUAACACAACACAGAUGAGAUGUUUGAAAAUAUGCGUUUAAUUAA